CGUCAACAGAGGUGGAAUGCGCGCGUGCCAAUAGAUGUUAAUAAGAUACGAUAGACGCGCUGCUCAGAAGAGAGAACUACUCGGUGAACGCGCACUGAAAACUUGCUGAUGCGAUGCCAGUUGUUUUGAACCACUAAAGAAGAGGAAUAUUUUUACUGCGUUAAAAUCAGCGAUGAUUUAAUUGUCCUCGCGCCCCUACUUUUUAGCGCAUCAGGUAGCGUCUUCGCUUAAGUUUAAUCGUGCACGAGCAUUGCUGGAUAUGAUGCCAGUUCAUAGAUUCGCCGACCAACCAAGGACAAAUCGUUGGGACUGUUUCAGGUAGACUUGAACCGUUUGUGGAUUUAAAUCCCUGGAUGAUGCUCUCAAUGCAAAAACACGUCCUCUUGUUCCUUAUUAUCCUCAAUACGACCCUCAUACCUCUGCAACGAAGGGUGGAUGGCAACCCUUUAGUGAUGGACCCCAAUAGUAUCUGCCGUAGGACUAGAACGCUGGGAAGCAGACAUGCCGACCUGUGCCAGUCUCAGCCUGAGAUCAUUCAAGAAGUGGCAAAAGGUGCCCGGCUGGGCAUACGUGAAUGCCAACAUCAGUUCCACAACCGUCGCUGGAACUGCACCAGCCAGAGCAGAAACCUGGCCAAGAUCCUGCAACAAGAUAUCCGGGAAACUGCAUUUGUGUAUGCUAUCACAGCUGCUGGGGUGCUGCAUGCAGUGACACAAGCCUGCAGCCAGGGGGCGCUGCCACAGUGCGGCUGUGUGACCCUUCAGAGCUCCUCUCAAACUCACCAUGACUCCUCGGCGGAGGAGGUACCUAUUCAGGCUUUACCUGUACAAAAUGGCCGCUGGGAAUGGGGGGGCUGUGGAGAUGAUGUGGACUUUGGCAACGAGAAGUCUCGUCAGUUCAUGGAUAUCAGGCAGAGAAAAGGCAAGAGUGACAUCAGGACCCUUAUUGACCUGCACAACAAUGAGGCAGGAAGACUGGCCAUACGGAUACAGAUGCGAACUGAGUGUAAAUGUCAUGGCCUUUCUGGUUCCUGCACUCUUCGCAGCUGCUGGAGGAAGAUGCCUCUCUUCCGUCAGGUCGGUGACUAUCUCAUGCAGAGCUUCCAUACGGCCGUUCGCGUGAUGGGUGGGAAUGAUGGGAAAUCACUUGUCCCCAUCGAUCCGGAUGCCCCUCCCCUGGAUGCAAACGUCCUCAUCUAUUCAGCUGAGUCACCUGAUUUCUGUCAGGCCAAUCAAAGGACCGGUACAGAAGGCACACAGGGUCGUGUGUGUAACAGCACAGAGAUGGGGCCGGGAGGCUGUGACAGCCUGUGCUGUGGUAACGGAUUUGCAGACUACACACUGGAACAUGAGGAAAACUGUCUGUGUCGGUUUCACUGGUGCUGUGAGGUUCAGUGCCAGAGAUGUUCUGUGAGAAAGGACGUCAGCCUCUGCUUGUGAAGUCCACUCGAGGAGUUAAAAACAGAAUUGCAUUUGUGUUUGAGCUAUUUGUUUUCUCUACUAUAUGCAGAGGAGCAUCUUCUGUGUGAAAGAAAGCAAUGACUUGUGAAAACAAGUGCUUUUUUUGAUGGUCCACUGGUUAUUGCAAACAAGACUGAGCAAUAUCUAUAAGUCAGGUGGGAGUCUGUGCUUGUGACAUAUAAACAAACAUAUGUCGUGCUGCCACCUGCUGGUACUUUAUUAAGAGAAAUUAGUGUAUAUAGAAAUCAAGUGUUUUCAGAAGAAUACCUGGGAAUAGACUGAUGAGCUUGAAACUUGACACAAAAACAUCCUCUGAUGCACUUUGGCCAAAUCAAAGCUCUCAUGUGGCCAUUUUCUUUGGUAUUUGAAAAUGAACCAAUGUCAGUACUGUCCAAGGUGCUGAAUCCCUGACUGAUGUGUUUAUCUGGCAAACCUAAAGAUACAGUCAGUACCUGACUGAUUUAGGUUUUGUUGGUUUAAUUAUGAAUCAUUUGUCUAUUAUUUUACAUUUUCCAGCAAUUUUCCUUUGUACCUGUACAUGCUUUUAAUUGCCUGCUUAUGUUUGUUGCAAGACACUGAAAAAAAUGGUAACCUAAAAAAACGUGCUUCAUGUGGUAACAUCUAAAUUAAAGGGUUAGUUCACCCAAAAAAAUGAAAAUUCUGUCAUUAAUUACUCACCCUCAUGUCGUUCCACACCCGUAAGACCUUCAUUCAUCUUCAGAACACAAAUUAAGAUAUUUUUAAUAAAAUCCAAUGGCUCAGUGAGGCCUGCAUUGACAGCAAGAUAAUUAACACUUUCAGAUGCCCAGAAAGCUACUAAAGACAUAUUUAAAACAGUUCAUGUGACUACAGUGGUUCAAUAUUAAUGUUAUAAAGCGACGAGAAUACUUUUUGUCCACCAAAAAAAACAAAAUAACGACUUUAUUCACCAAUAUCUAGUAAUGGACGAUUUCAAAACACUGCUUCAUGAAGCUUCGAAGCUUUACGAAUCUUUUGUUUCCAAUCAGUGGUUCGGAGCGUGUGUCAAACUGCCAAAGUCACGUGAACUAUUGAAAUUUCGAAACACUUAUGACGUAACGAAGCCUUGUUUACUGAAAUCACGUGACUUUGGCAGUUUGAUACGCGCUCCG